AUGUCUACCUUGCGCUCAAUUAUCUCGGCCCCUGUAACAGAUAUCAAAAAAUUGUCAACUGAUAAAAUGUGUCAUGAUAUCGGGUACAUUUUUUUAGUUGACAAUUUUUUGAUAUCUUUUAAAAGAACCGAGAUAAUUAAAUUUAAAGUAGCGACAAGUUCAAGCGAAGUUCAAGCGAGCUGGGGCAUCACAUGCUACGAAGUCUUUGCCGAUGGUGCAGAACCAUUCGAAAGCAUUUCGAAUGCUGUUGUAAAGGCGGAUGUCCUGAGUUCGAAAUUCCUUCAAAUGCCUUCAAACACUCCAGAAGCCAUCAAAAAGUACCUCAACCACUUCAUUUUUGUCGAAGCUGCUCGCCGAGCCAGUAUGUCGAUGGCCGUUGGAGAGUUUGAUCGAAUGGCGGUGAUGAGUGAGAAUGGAACGCUGGAAGGGGGCGGAGCCAAACAGAAAUUGCUGAAAGUUUUCAAGAAGCGACAUGAAAAGCAGUCGAAGGGAGAGUAG